CAGCAGGAGUUGAAAGGUCCCACACGACACGACUGACUGCAAGAAAGAGCGAAGGAAGCAAAAGCAAGCCGUCCCCAUCCUCAAAUCGAAGCAAAGCAAAGCAAAUCAAAGGAGGGAAAGAAUUCUAAAUCCCCACGCACGCCGAUUCGCCUCGUCGAUCCACGCUCCCUCUCUCCCUCACCCCGCGGGGAUCCAUGGACGAGAGCAGGAAGAAGAAGUGGGUGGCCUGGGCGGUGGCGGCCGCCAUCUUCGUCGUCCUCAUGCUCGUCACGCCCGCCAUCCCGCAGGAUGAGGCCUACCACCACUUCGCCGACCACCGCACCCUAUUCCUAGGGAUUCCUAACACCCUGAAUGUGAUUUCAAACAUCCCCUUCUUUUUCGUCGGCGUCACCGGGCUCAUCCUCUGCCACUACAAGGACUAUUUCAGGCUAAGCUCGCAGGGGGAGCUCUGGAGCUGGACUCUCUUCUUUGCCGGUGUCACUGCUGUUGCUUUUGGUUCUUCCUUUUACCAUCUCAACCCCAAUGAUGCCACACUGAUUUGGGACAGAUUGCCCAUGACAAUUGCUUUCACUUCUAUCAUGGCUAUUUUCAUCAUUGAAAGGGUUGAUGAGAGAGCAGGAGCAAAAUCCCUUGCCCCACUUGUGAUUGCUGGAGUCCUGAGCAUCAUGUAUUGGAGUUUCUUUGAUGAUCUUCGCCCAUACGCAGUAGUUCAGUUUGUUCCGUGCAUUGCUAUUCCUGUGAUGGCUAUAGUAAUUCCUCCGAUAUAUACACAUUCAAGCUACUGGUUGUGGGCAGCAGGUUUGUGUGCGUUGCUAAAUGCCUAAAUCCCAUUGUGAUGUAGUGUGUUCUUUUGGUUGUUUUUGGACAUUACUAUAUUAUAAAGAAAAAGGUUAGGUUUUAUAUGCAGAUGGAAUAAAACAUGGUAUUUUGUAGAACAACAGCAGCUUCUACUCUAAACGAAGAUGUCUAUUGCUAGCUGUUAGGCAUUUCUGUUAGCAGCUCAAUUUUCACUCUCAUUGAGCUGAGAGGAUGACACUCAAGUUGGGGAAUUUUUCUGGGUUUUUCUUCAUUCACACUCACAAUGCCAUACCAUCCAACGGGAGAGGUGGCCACACAUAUAUACAGCCAGCCAAGGGGCUGCUAACUGCCUAGUCUAAGAUGCUCCUGCUGUCCUAGAAAAGUAGAUGCUAACUGCUGCUGUCCUACUAACUG